AUGUCACACGCACACCACAACCACCACGGCCACGGCGGUAAUGGCGACCAUGACCAUGGCCAUAGCCAUGAUCAUAGCGAUGAAAUCGAACCAGCUCUUCAGAGCUCGAUUUACAAGCAGAUUGAAUUCGACAAUGUCCGAUGUCUGAAUGAAAGCGAGACGGACGCGGGCAGAAGGGUAGUGGAGAAGACAUUUCAGCAGCGACUUGAGCCAGCGCCCGAGCUUGUCAGUGAUGCUGACGAGCAGCUGAUCCUUUUUGUACCGUUCGCUGGCGUCCUCAAACUUCACUCCGUCCUCAUACGCGCCUCAGACUCUUCUUCUUGCCCGCAGACGCUGAAGCUAUAUCACAACCACGAUGAUCUCGAUUUUUCGACUGCUUCUGAUCUUCCUCCAACACAGAUGCUUCACAUUUCGCGAACAAACGAAGUGCAAGAGCUGCCAGUCAAGAGGACGUCCUUUAGCAACGUCUACAACUUGAGCCUGUUCAUCGAGAACAAUCAUGGUGCUGAUGAGAGCAGGCUUUACUGGGUUGGCUUCAAAGGUGAAUUCACAAAGCUUAAUAGAGAGCCAUUUGAGGUGCUGUACGAGAAAGCAGCAAAUCCUAAAGAUCAUGAAGUCAUUGCUGGACUUGGGGAGAAGGGAGCAAGUCGGCAGGGGACGUGA